AUGAAUGCGCUGGUCCUCUCGGUGGGUAUUGUGCUUUUGCACUUCUGCGGUUGUGAUGAUCAAGUCGUGGAAGAGUUUGACUGUUCCAGCUACUUCUCCAGGGUGCUGACCAAAAGGCAUUUAGGCUCCGGUAUCGCUGAGAAAGCAAAGACUUCUUGUCCCAGAGGCAUGCGCUACCGUAUGACUGGAUUUAAAUGGAACGGAACGACGUGUAAGGUGGAAUUCACAUUGGACUCGAAUGUGAAUAUCAUGCAAAAGGAUAAAGUUUGUUAUGAUAGUUUUCUCUACAUGCGAAAGAAUGCGCUGUCCGAGGCUUGGGGCACGCCUUGGGUUGUUUUUGCGGCACAACUCACGGUGAAAGUGCCGUCGGAGUGCCGACCUCAGUCACCCUCACUAACGGCAAUGGAAUUUCACCUUCUCAGCUUGAACUACUCAGGGAACCAAGUGGCUGCUACAAAAUCUCGCAUUUUCCUCUUUUCAGGCUGUAAGGAGACGUUUGUGAAAACCCAAAUUACACCCUUCUAUAGCAUCAAGAGACAUGUGCCGUCAAUCCAGACAAUAGAGGACAGCGCUACGGUUUCUGCUGCCUGCAAGUACCCUCUCCUAAGUCCAGAUCAGAGGUUUGAGGUCAAGUGUGAAAUGAACAGGUACGGUGGCUAUGAGUGGCGAGAAAAUGAGCGGUCGGGCUGCUACAUGGAGGAAUUCGAAACCUACGAUGAAAAAGCUUUUGCGCUGACUACUACACAACUUAAAGGUCCGGUAAAGUGCUCGGUGCUCUACUUAUUGGUUUUCGGAAGACUGAAGCACCUAAUAACUGAGGAGAAAGACCCCUACAAAUUCCUCGCUCAGUCUUAUUCAACGUUGGAGAGUUGGUCGAAACAUUGCCUCCAACUGGAUCCCAUCUUUAACCAGUUCUUCUUGACCGGUUUUCUGAGGCUGACCGAACUCAUGCUAAAUGCGGUUGUCCAAAAGGCCCAUUUUUAUGCUCUGAACGGCAUAAAGCUCUACAAACUUAUCCACAAACUUACAGAAAUCAUCAACGCUCAUGUAAUUAACGGAACUGCGGCUACGUUCUACUCUCACCUCACUGACCUGAUCUCUAUCUACCGUUACCCUCCUAGCAUGGCUUCCAUUGCAAAAUUGAGCAGUAUCGAUAAAGUCUCCUUUUACGUGGAAGAAAUGGAGAAUCCUGUACCGCUGGACGUGACAUGCUACGCGAUAGCAGUACAUCAUGCUUACAUCCAAGUCAUCAGCCUCCGCCCUAUUUCCCAUCUCUGUUUUGUCGGCAGCUUUAGUCUCAGGUCUUUGGUCAAAAUUCUUCUCUCAGGUGUACAAAUACCACCAAAACAGGUAAGGAAAUCAGUCCCAUUCGCCAACUUAAUUUGCAUCACAACUUUAUCUCAAUCAUCUUUCCUAAGAUUUUAUCCGGAUUUUCGAAAUUUUGGAAUUGUGCAUCUACUGGUUAACCUCAUGUUCAUCGACUGCCUCUCAGCCUGCCUGGACCAGUGUCAAAAUGCGCAUUUCUGCCUGUCGAAGGGACCCAUCCUCCUGGCGUGGAGUUAUAUGCAGACGGUGCUCUCCAUUCCCUAUUGGCUAGCAGUUGUCCUCACAGGAAAGACUAACCAAUUGGGCCGCAUGCUCUGGAAUUUAGCCAUAAUUUGUGCCAUCGUCUGCGUCACUGUUCAAGCAGUCCUGCAAUACUAUGGUAAUCACUUCCUCAAUCACAUUUGUAUGCCUCUGGACCCGACCAACUUCAUAAUUACCGUCAAAAUAGUGGUAGUCCUAGUCAACCUCUUCAUCUUCACUCACUACUUGCGUAUGCGCUAUCAUCGCUACUUUGAUGAGUGCAUCGGCUGCAUGAUUUACACAUUGGGUGAUAUUUUUGACGUCAUUUUCGGCAUCAUUAUGAUGGCAAACUAUUGGACCGGCGCAGACAAUGAGCAGGCUACCUUCAUCUUCCAACACACCGUCAACCGUACCCUUAUGACUCUUUUCUCAACAAUAUACCAAGUCUUUUUCAAGAUGUCUUUGAUGAAGUUCUACUACCGUGUCUAUCUUAUCACCGUUCAUCACGCUACUUUGAGGGACAUUGUUCAAUACGAGAACCAUCAUCGCAUCUUCCAAAUUAUAAAUACAUUCUCUGAGCACGACGGGACCAAGGUUAGCCAAUUCUAUCAGUUAAAGCCGAGUUCCUGUCACCAGGUGAAAUUGUUCAUCACUUUUGCCUAA